AUGUCUUCCGACAAGGACAACACCUCCACCCUCCAGGCUGCCAUUGACAGCGUCUCCGGCACAGUUCAGUCUGCUAUUGGCGCCGUUACGGGCAGCACCGCCGACCAGAACAAGGGCGAUGCCAAGCAGAACAAGGCCUCGGCCGAGCACGACGCCUCUCAGGCUACCGUCAAGGUCCCUGGCGCCACCGUCACCGCCUCAGGUGCCACCAAAGACGACCCAGACCGCGCCGCCGGCAGCUGGAACCAGACUGUCGGCUCCGCAAAGGAGACCGUUGGCAACUUGGUCGGAUCCGAGUCUUUGAAGACUCAGGGCCGCAACCAGAACCUCGAGGGCCAGCAACAGGAGGCCAAGGGACAGUUGAACGACCUGGGCUCUGGCAUCGCAGACCGCGUCUCGGGCACCGUCGGCGGCGCCGUCGCUGGCAUCACUGGCAACACGGCCGCCCAGACCGAGUACCAGAAGCAGCACGACACCGGCAAGACCCAGCAGCGCGGUGCUGAGCACGACAUCCAGAAGCAGGCUGAGGCCGAGUCCAAGAAGUAA